AUGGCGACCCUGGCCGAGAAGCUCGAGAGGAUCAAGUCCCCCAAACUGCAGAACCAGCACCAUACCGCUGUGGUGCUGAACGCUGUAGAAGACACGCUACGGGACCAGAAAGCGGAUUUCUCACCCACUGCCUAUUUCGCCGCGCUUUUGGCCCUACUCUCACAGUCGCUGUCUGCCGCGCAAGGCAUCGUUAAUAAAGAUCUAGCGACCUCUGUUGUCUACCUUCUCGAUAUCACUACAAACUAUGUUCCCGCCCCGAUCCUCCAAGCCAAGUUCUCCCAGAUCCUUACCAGCCUUGCGCCCGCGCUCUCCCUCCCAGAAGUCGACGCUCCUCUUCUCCGACCAUCUAUUGGCUGUCUCGAGUCGCUGCUCAUUGCACAGGAUGCAGCGGCGUGGAAUCUUCCCCAUACCCAGGUUGGACCCCGGCGAGCCAUUGCGGGACUACUCAGCUUGUCCGUGGACCACCGUCCGAAGGUGCGCAAGGGGGCACAGGAUGCCUUGAUCAAGGUUCUGAAGAACCCCCCGCCUAGCCCCUCUCUCGACCACCCUGCUGCAGACAUGUGCGCGGAAUCAGCGUUGAAAACCCUUAGCGACAGCAUCGCCGCCGCAUCGAAACAGAAGCGCGGGCGCAACGAUCCUCACAACCGAGAGAACCAUGACCCCCUUGUGAUUCAUUCUCUGCAGUUGGUAAAAACGGUUGCGGUUGCCUCGGGCGGUUGGCCGAGCAAGAAGAUCGAGCCGCUGUGUGAGCUGCUGAUGAACGCGUCCCGGUCGACCAACGAGUACAUUACCAUGGGCGCUUUCGAGGUUUUUGAGGUUAUCUUCUCCAGCAUGGCAAACGAGUUCACAUCAUCGAAACUUCCCCGUCUCCUUGAGGCGAUUUCCGAGUUGAAGCCUGCCCAGAACGAUUCACAACUUCUCCCUCCGUGGAUCGCUGUGCUGUCCCGCGGUUACGACGUCUCUGCACAGAUCGCCCCUGAAGAUACGUUUGAGAAAUUACCCGAUCUAUUCAACAUGAUCUCCAGCUAUCUUGCAUCCCCGUCGAGCAAUAUCCGAGUUUCCGCAUCUGAGUGCUUGGUUUCGUUUGUCGCCAACUGCAUUCCGGCUAACGUCAUUAUUGAGCCUUCCGUCUACGACGAGAAGACUUUGGAGAAGCUCGCGAAGGCAGCGAAAGAUCUGCUUUCCGUGAAGUAUCAGGCUGCGUGGAUGGAAGUUUUUAAUGUUUGUGCUGCCAUGUUUGAGAGUUUCAAGUGGCAAUCGAGCCCGUUCCUCGAUGAUGUCGUCCGCACCGUUGGAGAAUUGCGCAGCAACGAAGCCUUCCAAGGAAAGAAAGAGGCAGACAACGUUCUUGGUGCCGCGAUUGAAGCCAUGGGCCCCGAAGCUGUUUUGGAGAUACUGCCCCUCAACCUGAUUGAGCAGAAAGCCGGCCAACCAGGCCGAGUUUGGUUCCUCCCGAUCCUCCGCGACAGUGUCACUAACACAAAUUUGCGCCAUUUCCGUUCCGAAUUCGUCCCUCUUAGCGAGGCUCUCUACCAGAGGGUCAUGGAGUACGCCUCCGCGGAGAAGACUGUGGAAGUGAAGAUAUUCGAAACCCUUGUCCAGCAAACCUGGGCAAUCCUCCCUGGGUACUGCGAGCUUCCGCUUGACCUGGCUGAAUCGUUUGACCAGAGCUUUGCGGAGCUGCUGUCUAACAUUCUGUACAAGCAGACCGAAUUGCGAGUAGAUAUUUGCAGGGCGCUCCAGAACCUCGUCGAGUCCAACCAGGCCAUCCUGUCUAUCGAGACCGAAGGCGAUGAUUUGAUCCUGCAACGCAGGAUUACGAAGGAGGCGGCCAAGAACAACAUUGCUCACUUGGCCGGCUUUGCUAGCAACCUCCUGGCGGUUCUUUUCAACGUGUACAGCCAGACUCUGCCGCAUUACCGUGGUUACAUCCUGCAGUGUAUCAAUGCUUAUUUGAGCAUUGCGCCCGAAAAUGAACUAAACGAAACAUUCGAACGUGUAACCCAAAUGCUCGAGGCCUCGGUGACCUCGGAGCAGGAAGCAGCUAAGCAGGACAACCAGGCUGGAAAGUCCAAAGACAAGAUGCCGCCAACUUCUCACACACUCAUUGACCUUGUCAUCGCAAUGUCAAUCUACCUGCCUCGCUCGAGUUUUGCUACCCUCUUCUCUCUUGCGGCUGCGGUUUUGAACGGCGGCACUACUGAUCAACAGCUCAUCAAAAAGGCCUACAAGUUGAUCCCCCGCCUAGCGUCAACGGAAACAGGAGCUGCCGCAUUAAGGGAACGGAACGCAGAGCUCCAGAGUCUCAUGCUUGCCACGGCUGAUAAGACACCCGCUUCUGCGCGCCGUGAUCGCAUGCUCGCUAUUCACGAACUCGUCUCACAUCUCCCAACAUCCGACCUCCACUUUAUUCCUUCAAUUCUAUCCGAGGUUGUACUAGGCUGCAAAGAGAGUAACGAGAAGGCCCGUACCGCCUCGUUCGACAUGCUCAUUCACCUUGCAAAACGCACCAUCGAUUCUGAGCUGAACCCACCAGGCACCACGAUCCGCAACUCUCUUGUCCCCCAUAUGCCUGACAACGCCCCCGAUGCACCUGCUACGCUCGAGGAAUUCUUCACAAUGGUAUCUGCUGGUCUCGCCGGUAGCUCACCUCACAUGGUUGCCGCUUCGGUGACCGCGCUGUCGCGACUCUUUUUCGACUACCACAAGGAACUCCAGUCCUCCAUGCGGAUGGACCUUGUUCAGACCGUGGAGCUUUUCCUCACCAGCAACAACCGAGAGAUUGUCCGAUCCGUGCUUGGUUUCGUCAAAGUGGCCGUUGUUGUACUCUCUGACGAGGAGCUGCGCCCACGCCUGAACACCCUGGUGCCUAACCUAAUGGUAUGGAGCAAAGAGCACAAGGGCCGUCUUAAGAGCAAGGUAAAGGGUAUCCUCGACCGACUAAUCCGCCGCUUUGGAGCCGCCCCGCUUGAGGAGUUAGUCGGAGAAGCAGACCGCAAGCUUGUAGUCAACAUCCGCAAGCUCCGCGAGCGCCGCAAGAAGAAGAAGAAGGAAGGCGAAGCUGGUGAAGACGAGGAUGAGGACGAAGGGCAAGGCGGCGUGGCGGCUGAAAAGUCCACCAAAUCCUUCGGCAACGCCUUUGACAAGGCCGUCUACGACUCAGACUUCUCCGACUCUGAUGACGACGCCAGCGAAAUCAGCGUCGACGACGAAGGUACAACACACGUCCAGAAGGGCGGUCGCAAGGCCCAAGGUCGCAAGGGUAAACAGAGCGAGCAGUACAUCCGCGAACUCUCACCUGAAGAUAACCCUCUCGAUCUGCUCGCCCCGGAUGCCCUCGCCAACAUCUCCACCACAAAGCCUAGCGUGCGCUUCCUCAACACAGGCCCUGGAUCGCGUCGCAAGCGCUCCGCCAAGGUCGGUCCUGAUGGCCGUCUGCUCCUAGGUGGUGACGACAAUGCUGAAGAUGUUGAUAUGGCCGGUGCGGAGGGUGACAACGGCGAGAGUGGCAUCAACGCGUAUGUCCAAGCCGUUGCUGGACCAGACGCCAUCCGCCGCGGCCAGCGCGGAAAGAUCAAGAUGGCGCAGGCGCAAAAGAAGAAGUCCCAGCGUGGCGAUGAGAUGGACGUCGACGAUGAUGGUGACAAAGCUGCUUCCGGCAACCGCCACUCCUCUUCCCAGUCUGGACGGGGAGGACCAGGCCGUGGCAAUGGUCGCGGAGGCAGCAACCCCCCUGGCCGUCGCGGUCUCGGUAUGCCCAAGACACAUGGUCCCAGCGGGAUCCAGAAGCGACGGAACCCCCGUGGUGGACAGAGCGGGCGAGGCGGGAUCCGAGUUGGUAGGGGACGAGGGCGGAGGUAA